AAUUUUCAGUAUAACGUGGGUCCCACUCUUCUCCGUCGUGUGUUACUUUAAUAACUUUAACUCUAUCGUGAAACAAAACAAAGAAGAGGAAAGAAGAACGAGCUUGCUUGUAAAAUUCUCAAAGGGAGGAAUUUGAUUAUACUGGAGGAUCUGAUGUACACGCCUGUGGAUCUCAAUUAUAUUCUCGAUCAUGAUGGCACAUGAAAAUUCAGGAAAUAGGAAAAUAUCCUGUGAGGCAUCUCUAACGUGCCUCCAGGGAAAGGGGCCUCCCCCUUUCAGUUUUCAGUGUGAUGGGAGUUCUAUGGAAGGACUUAUGGAGUUUAAUAAGGAGCUUCAUAAUGAUCCCGGCACUCAUCCAGCUGGGAAUGUUGCUGAGCCUAAACACCGUCUUGGCGGUGAGUUUCUUGAGCCAUCAAAUGAAUUUCACAGCAAACCUACUUAUCACCAUGAUUACAGUGCCUGGACAGCCUGCCAUUUUAACCCUCACAAGCUGCAGCAGUGCCAAAUGAAUGCUUUUGAGAACCACUUUUACCCUUAUCCUGUCGAGAACCAGCUUCAAUAUGUUCCAAUUAGUAUGGUUUCUCAGGGUCACUCGCGUGAGCGUGAACAUAAUCAAGAAUUUCAGUAUUUUGUGGUCAUAGACUUUGAGGCGACCUGUGAUAAGGAUAGUAAUCCUCAUCCGCAAGAAAUAAUUGAGUUUCCAUCUGUCAUAGUGAGCAGUGUCUCUGGCCAGCUGGAAGCAUGCUUCCAAACAUAUGUGAGGCCUAGCUGCAAUCAGCUUCUGACUGACUUCUGCAAGGAUCUGACUGGUAUCGAACAAAUUCAGGUGGACAGAGGUGUUUCAUUGAGUGAGGCUCUACUUAGGCAUGAUAAAUGGCUUGAGAAAAAGGGAAUUAAGAAUGCCAACUUUGCUGUGGUUACAUGGUCUGACUGGGAUUGCCGUGUUAUGCUUGAAUCUGAGUGCAGAUUCAAGAAAAUACGAAAGCCACCUUAUUUCAACCGCUGGAUCAACUUAAAGAUUGCUUUCAACGAGGUAUUUGGUGCUGUGAGGUGCAAUCUAAAGGAGGCUGUUGAGAUAGCUGGCUUGGUCUGGCAGGGCCGCCCUCAUUGUGGCCUGGACGAUGCUAAAAAUACUGCUCGCCUUCUGGCACUGCUCAUGCACAGGGGUUUUAAGUUUUCCAUUACCAGUUCCAUUCAGUGGCAGAUUGCCGAACAAUCGCAGACAUGGAAGCAGUCUACAGAACAACCAGACUUUUACCCUCAUCAUUACCCCUACAAAGCAAAGGAUAUGAAUACCCCUAUCAUUCAGUAUCACCCUUACUGUUACUGUGGGGUGAAAAGCACUAGGGGUAUGGUCAGGAAGCCAGGGCCUAAGCAAGGGAGCCUUUUCUUUGGAUGUGGAAAUUGGACUGCAACUAGAGGUGCCCGCUGCCAGUACUUUGAAUGGGCUUCUACCUAAUUGAAAACGCCUUUUGAUCUAUUAUGAUCAAAUUUCAUGUUUUCUUAUAUAUGUAAAAAAUGAAAAAAGGAGAAGAGGAAAUGGUUUAUGAAAGUAGUAGUGGUGUGUUGUCUCUAGUGGAAGCAUGUUACUCCUGGCUUGUGUAGUUAAGGUUUGUGUGCUUCAUGAAGUGUAGAAAAGAAAAAUUAGUUGGCUCAAUGGCUCAUUACUGUGACUGCUAAAACAUCAAAUAGUAGUCUUGUUAAAGGAGAGAGGGGGCUUCAACCUGUAAAGCAGACUUGUUGACUGGAGAGCCAUUGAGAAUUGUGAUCAUAAUGGGUAGUUAGGAUUCAUGCCUUUACAUGCUGAGGCAUUGUUAAAUUAUCUUUUAAAAUAAUCUGUGAAAUAGGACUCUGUUUCCUCUGCUCUUAAUGGGAAUCGCUAUAAUUUCCCGUCGUCCUUUCUGUGUGUUACGGAUAACAUUAUAACUUCGACUCUGUUUACUGUUGUUGAGCUUAGUUCGCUGAGUUUCGUUGGGAUUUGGAUUGCUUGGAGCACGCAUUCACGCAAUCAAGCGCAGAUUCAGCUAUUGUGUGUGCUAUCAUAGUUGUAGGCAAUCCAAAUCCGUUUUGCGGAAAGAAGAGAAGGCACAGUGUCUCUUUUUUGUUGAGGAUUGAAGGCUUUACCUUUGGAUUAGCCACCAAAGAAGAAAAAGAGAACCCUUGAAAUGGUUUUUUACGCAUGUCACAUGCAUAUAUAUAGAAUGUGUUUGUAUGCUUCUACAUGUAAUAUUUCAUUAGUUAGUUUUUUCAUUUCAUAAAAUAAUGGUGAAACCAAAGUAGUAAUAAUAGAAAAUGCUUUGCACUCAA